AAAAAAAGAAAAGAAAAAAAAAAAAGGAGCAAAUAAUAAAAAUCUUUCUUUACGCACCUGGGCUAUACGUUCAAGGAGAAACCCUGAUGGGAACGCAAGAAGAAAAAUAAACAUGGAAUCUGUAAAUUUAUUUAUUUUUGUUAUUUCCCUUUUAUUUUCGGCAAUACAUGGGGAUGAGUCAUUGGAUACACGUGAAGGUGUCGAUUUGGUAUUGAAAUGUCGUUUCACCGAACAUUAUGAUUCGAAAGAUUUUACAUUUUAUUGGGCUCGCUGGACCUGCUGCCCAACUCAGUUUGAGAAUGUAGCGAUUGGUGAUAUUCAACUUAAUUCAAACUACCGACUAGACUUUCGACCAAGUCGUGGUAUUUAUGACUUGCAAAUUAAAAACACGUCAUACAAUCGAGACAAUGGACGAUUUGAGUGUCGCAUCAAAGCAAAAGGCACAGGUGCUGAUGUACACCAGGAGUUUUACAAUUUGACAGUUUUGACGCCACCCCAUCCGCCAAUAAUAUCACCGGGCAAUAUUGCCAUUGCCACUGAAGAUAAGCCGCUUGAGAUGACAUGUAGCAGCAUUGGCGGCUCGCCAGAUCCCAUAAUAACAUGGUAUCGUGAAGGGAGCACCGUGCCACUGCAAUCGUAUAUAUUGAAAGGCGGUUCGAAAAAUCAUUAUACAAAUGCUACUCUGCAGAUACUGCCGAGACGAAUUGAUGAUGGCGCCAAAUACAAAUGUGUCGUUUGGAAUCGUGCCAUGACUGAGGGUCAGAAUCUAGAAACAAUGGUUGCACUGAAUGUGAACUAUUAUCCUCGCGUAGAAGUAGGCCCACAAAAUCCUUUACGUAUUGAACGUGAUCAUGUAGCCAAAUUAGAUUGCCGUGUUGAUGCUAAGCCUAUGGUUUCGAGUGUUCGAUGGACUCGCAAUGGACAGUACGUAAGCACGACGCCCAUUCAUACCAUAUACCGAGUAAAUCGUCAUCAUGCCGGCAAGUACACUUGUACAGCGGAUAACGGUUUAGGAAAAUCUGGUGAAAAAGACAUUCUACUGGAUGUCCUUUAUCCACCCAUCGUAGUAAUAGAGACCAAAACCCAUGAAGCAGAAGAAGGUGAAACUGUCAUUGUACGUUGCAACGUAACAUCAAAUCCUCCAGCCGUAACGAUUGAAUGGUUAAAGGAAGGGGCACCUGAUUUUCGUUAUAUGGGAGAAUUAUUGACUUUAGUUUCUGUGCGGGCAGAACAUGCUGGAAACUACAUAUGUCGUGCUACGAAUCACAUGCAACCAUUUGGUUCUAAGCGUGUUGAAGGAGUUGGCAAUUCUACUGUUGCUCUUUUAGUAAGGCACCGUCCCGGACAAGCAUAUAUUACGCCGAACAAACCCGUGGUGCACGUCGGCAACGGCGUUACCCUUAGCUGUUCGGCGAGUCCACCAGGUUGGCCUGUGCCCCAAUAUCGUUGGUUUCGCGAUAUGAAUAACGACUUGAGCAAUACGCAAAAAAUUUUGGCCCAAGGUCCCCAAUAUUCUAUACCGAAAGCCCAUUUAGGCAGCGAAGGCAAAUAUCAUUGUCAUGCCGUGAAUGAACUUGGUAUGGGCAAAAUGGCUACCAUAACUUUAGAAGUGCAUCAGCCGCCCCAAUUUUUAGCCAAGCUGCAGCAGCAUAUUACUAGACGGGUAGGAGAUGUUGAUUAUGUGGUUACAUGCAGCGCCAAAGCCAAACCAUCCCCUAUUAUACGAUGGAUUAAAGAUGGAACAGAAAUUCUGCCUGGGCGAAAAAUGUACGAAAUACGUACCAUACCCACCGAAACGUCCAACGGCAUUGUCACAGUGCAAAGCAUUUUAAAAUUCCGGGGUAAAGGACGUCCGAAUGGUAAUCAAUUAGUUCCUGCUGAUCGAGGCUUAUAUACUUGUCUAUACGAGAACGAAGUAAAUUCCGCCAACUCCAGCAUGCACUUACGUAUUGAACAUGAACCCAUCGUUCUUCAUCAAUACAAUAAGGUUGCUUAUGAUGUGCGAGAAUCGGCCGAAGUUAUGUGCAAAGUUCAGGCCUAUCCGAAACCGGAAUUCCAAUGGCAAUUCGGUAACAAUCCUUCUCCUUUGACAAUGUCCUCAGACGGCCAUUACGAAAUCAGUACACGAGUUGAUAACAAUGACAUCUACACAUCGAUACUACGAAUAAAUCAUCUCUCUCACUCAGAUUAUGGUGAUUACACGUGUCGUGCUGUCAAUCCACUUGACGCAAUUCGUACACAAAUCCGAUUGCAGCCAAAAGGCCCGCCAGAGCGUCCCACCGCACUUAAAGUUUUAGAGACAGCUCACAAUUUCGUUAUACUGAGCUGGUUACCUGGUUUUAACGGUGGAAUGUUAAGCACUAAAUUUUUAGCCACAUAUCGCCGAGUGGCAACACCACGGGACCAAUUACUUUCAGACUGCGCUAUAUCAGUACAAACAUAUGCAUCAUCAAGCAGUGGAUUAAGUUCUCCCGAAUGGCUGGAGUUUGAUUGUUUCCGUGAUAAUCCAUGCAAGGUUUCACCACUCGAUCAGCAUCAAAGCUAUGUUUUCAAGAUUUAUGCACUCAAUGGUAAAGGUAGUUCCGGCUAUUCAAACGAAGUUAUGGCUACAACCAAGGUCAGCAAAAUUCCACCACCCUUACACGUGACAUAUGAUCCCAACUCACAUAUUGUUGGUAUUAAUGUAGCAGCUACUUGCCUUUCGCUUAUUGCUAUUGUCGAAUCAUUGGUAAAUCGUGAGUCGUCAAUAGCAGCAUGGGAAGUUGUUGAUACAAUCGCUAUGCAGGCAUCCGGCUCUGAAGCCACACUUAAAGAAACUACAAUCAAUCACAUUGCUCAGAGAACACAUUACAGUACAUCGGGACGACCGCUAGGUCACGCCGAAGAUAUUACACUUGCAUUGGCUGAAAAUAAUCAGGGGCCAGCAGUACGUGUAAAGUUAUGUUUGCGUUCUAAUCACGACCACUGCGGCGAAUACGCAAAUGCUGAAGUUGGUAAAUCGUAUCUUAUGGAAACGUCAAGUUUUACAACAUCUGUCGUCGUUGCGAUUGUUAUAGCAUCUAUAGCUUUUCUGCUAUUCACCGGUUUCUCGAUAGUAUUGUGUCGAUGUCGGCGUUCAAACGCUGCAAAAAAUUCCAAUGCAGCCACUGUUAAAGAAUAUGACCUAGAUUCUGGUCGCCCAUCAAUAGUGGCCCAAACAACUGCCAACCAACCACCGCCUCCCUACUAUCCAACCGGCAGUAUUGACAGUAAAAGUCUCGAAGCACAUGCCAUGGAAUUGACGCUCACUGCCGUCCAGGAUGCAGAAGACCUACUCCAUCAUCAUCAUCACCACCACCAGCACUCUUACCAGCAACAAGAACAGCAAAUGCAAUCAUCAUCACUGCCUUCCAAAUCAACAGCGAGCUCGCUGUAUGGCGCACAAAAUGGUUACGGCUGUCAUAUGACAAAUGCAAUCGGUACGGAAGGAGAAAGCUAUCAAGUAGUGCCAUCCUCUGCUCAUCAUGCAUUGUCCGGCGGUACAGAGUGACCAUUCAAUUCAACUCUCAGCCGACAAAAGAAGAACAAACCCACCACUACCGCAUCCUCGCCCAACAAUAUU